GUCGGGCUAGGUUGAGUGAGGGCUCUUGGGUUAGUUCCUGUUAGGCCCCGGCCGGGGGAGUAGGUUGAAGUCUCUUAAGAUGCCGGGUGGGCUGGGGCGCCGGGAGCUGUGAGGAAGGCGUGAGGAGGAGCGAGGGGCGACCCGCGGCAGGCCGGCACGAGAGCGGCGGCCGAGCCCGCCUUCCCCGCACCAUGCUCAUAGAGGAUGUGGAUGCCCUCAAGUCCUGGCUGGCCAAGUUACUGGAGCCGAUAUGUGAUGCUGACCCUUCAGCCUUAGCCAACUAUGUUGUAGCACUGGUCAAGAAGGACAAACCUGAGAAAGAAUUGAAAGCCUUUUGUGCCGAUCAACUUGAUGUAUUUUUACAAAAAGAAACAUCAGGUUUUGUGGAUAAACUAUUUGAAAGUCUCUAUACUAAGAACUACCUUCCACCUUUGGAACCAGUUAAGCCUGAGCCAAAACCACCAGUCCAAGAAAAAGAAGAAAUUAAAGAAGAGGUAUUUCAGGAGCCAGCAGAGGAGGAACGAGAUGGCAGAAAAAAGAAAUACCCUAGUCCCCAGAAGACUCGUUCAGAGUCGAGUGAACGAAGGACACGUGAGAAAAAAAGAGAAGAUGGCAAGUGGAGAGACUAUGACCGGUACUAUGAGCGAAAUGAAUUGUACCGUGAGAAGUAUGACUGGAGAAGAGGCAGGAGUAAGAGCCGGAGUAAGAGCCGAGGCCUGAGUAGGAGUCGGAGUCGAAGCCGGGGGCGCAGCAAAGACCGGGAUCCAAAUAGGAGCGUCGAACACAGGGAAAGAUCUAAGUUUAAGAGUGAGAGGAAUGACUUGGAGAGCUCCUAUGUGCCUGUGUCUGCACCCCCUCCGAACUCUUCGGAGCAGUAUUCCUCUGGGGCACAGUCUAUUCCCAGCACCGUUACUGUGAUCGCACCUGCGCACCACUCUGAAAACACAACAGAGAGUUGGUCUAAUUACUAUAAUAAUCAUAGCUCUUCCAAUUCUUUUGGUCGAAACCCACCACCAAAGAGGCGAUGCAGAGAUUAUGACGAAAGAGGAUUUUGUGUACUUGGUGACCUUUGUCAGUUUGAUCAUGGCAAUGAUCCCCUGGUUGUUGAUGAAGUUGCUCUACCAAGCAUGAUUCCUUUCCCUCCACCUCCUCCUGGGCUUCCUCCGCCACCACCUCCUGGAAUGCUAAUGCCUCCAAUGCCAGGCCCGGGUCCGGGCCCAGGCCCGGGUCCAGGUCCGGGCCCAGGCCCAGGCCCGGGUCCAGGUCCUGGCCAUAAUAUGAGACUUCCUGUUCCCCAAGGCCAUGGUCAGCCUCCACCUCCUGUUGUGCUUCCCAUACCAAGACCACCCAUAACACAGUCAAGCUUGAUAAACAACCGUGACCAGCCUGGGACAAGUGCAGUGCCCAAUCUUGCACCAGUGGGAGCAAGACUACCUCCUCCUUUACCCCAGAACCUCCUUUAUACAGUGUCAGAACGACAGCCCAUGUACUCUCGCGAACAUGGUGCUGCUGCAUCUGAGCGACUUCAGUUGGGGACACCGCCUCCUCUGUUGGCAGCUCGUUUGGUGCCACCUCGAAACCUCAUGGGAUCCUCCAUUGGGUACCAUACCUCAGUCUCCAGCCCCACCCCUCUGGUCCCAGAUACCUAUGAACCAGAUGGUUAUAAUCCAGAAGCUCCUAGUAUUACCAGUUCUGGUAGAUCUCAGUAUAGACAGUUUUUUUCAAGAACACAGACACAGCGCCCAAACCUGAUUGGCCUAACAUCCGGAGAUAUGGAUGCAAAUCCAAGAGCUGCUAACAUUGUCAUCCAGACUGAGCCACCAGUUCCUGUUUCAAUUAAUAGCAACAUAACCAGAGUAGUUCUUGAACCAGAUAGCCGGAAAAGAGCUAUGAGUGGCUUGGAAGGGCCCCUCACAAAGAAACCUUGGCUGGGAAAGCAAGGAAAUAACAAUCAGAGUAAACCAGGAUUCUUAAGAAAGAAUCAGUAUACAAACACCAAAUUAGAAGUCAAGAAAAUCCCUCAGGAAUUGAACAAUAUCACCAAGCUCAAUGAACACUUUAGCAAAUUUGGAACUAUUGUUAAUAUCCAGGUUGCUUUUAAGGGAGAUCCAGAAGCAGCUCUCAUCCAAUAUCUUACCAAUGAGGAGGCCAGAAAAGCCAUUUCCAGCACUGAAGCGGUUCUAAAUAACCGGUUCAUUCGAGUCCUGUGGCACAGGGAAAAUAAUGAGCAACCAGCGCUACAGUCCCCAACACAGCUGCUCCUGCAACAACAGCAAACACUUAGUCACUUAUCACAGCCACACCAUCACCUGCCACAGCACCUUCAUCAGCAGCAGGUGCUAGUGGCCCAGUCUCCUCCCUCAACGGUACAUGGGGGUAUUCAGAAGAUGAUGAGCAAACCACAGACUUCGGGUGCAUAUGUUCUUAACAAAGUUCCUGUGAAGCAUCGUCUUGGACAUGCAGGUGGUAACCAGACUGAUGCAGCGCACUUGUUGAAUCAGUCAGGUGGUGCUGGAGAGGACUGCCAGAUGUUUUCACCUCCAGGCCAUCCAAAAAUGAUUUACAGCUCCUCAAACUUAAAGACACCUUCAAAACUUUGUUCGGGGUCAAAGUCUCAUGAUGUCCAAGAAGUUCUUAAAAAGAAGCAGGAAGCGAUGAAGCUACAACAAGAUAUGAGGAAAAAGAGGCAAGAAGUGUUAGAAAAACAAAUAGAAUGCCAAAAGAUGUUAAUAUCCAAGCUAGAAAAAAACAAAAACAUGAAACCAGAAGAGAGAGCAAAUAUAAUGAAGACUUUAAAAGAGCUUGGAGAAAAGAUCUCACAAUUGAAAGAUGAGUUAAAAACAUCUUCUGCAGUCUCCACACCAUCUAAAGUAAAGACAAAAACAGAGGCCCAAAAAGAACUGUUAGAUACUGAACUGGACCUUCACAAGAGACUGUCUUCAGGAGAAGACACAACAGAGUUACGGAAGAAACUGAGUCAGUUACAGGUUGAGGCUGCACGAUUAGGUAUUUUACCUGUGGGUCGAGGAAAGACCAUGUCCUCUCAAGGUCGAGGCCGAGGCCGAGGCCGUGGAGGAAGAGGCCGGGGCUCACUGAGUCACAUGGUGGUGGACCACCGCCCCAAAGCACUGACAGUUGGGGGGUUCAUUGAGGAGGAAAAGGAUGACUUACUUCAGCACUUUUCACCUGCAAAUCAAGGGUCAAAAUUCAAAGACCGUCGGCUACAAAUAUCAUGGCACAAGGCCAAGGUGCCUUCUGUAUCCACUGAGACUGAGGAAGAAGAAGUCAAGGAGGAGGAGACGGAAACCUCAGAUUUGUUUUUGCAUGAUGAUGACGAUGAAGACGAAGAUGAGUAUGAGUCUCGUUCUUGGCGAAGAUGAGAUCUGAUGUGAGCUGUAUAAUUUUUAGGAAUAUUGUUUAGAAGAACAACUUUUUAAAAUUAUUUAAAGAAGUCAAUGAGCCAAAAAAUUUUUUUUUAUUUUUCUUUUCAACACAGUAGGUGUAAGGACAGCAAGUUUGCUCUUUAAAUACAUCUCAUAACUGCUCAUGAUACUAAAAAGCGCCAAAGGCCUGGUGACUGUAACACAGUUGUGAAGAUCCACAGGAAUGACAUGGGUAAUCUCUAGAGCCUUAUUUUCCACACCACCUGUUUUUGUUGCUAUUGGUGUUGGAUUAUGAUGUAAAUGACAGGGUGUUCAGAAUUUUAUUUUGGAUUAUAAUCUGCUGAUAAAAUUUCAUUAAAUGUCAAAAUUGCCUG